CUGUCCCAAACCGGUGGCAUAGCAAGUUGAAGCUUAAAGUUUAAGGACCAACAGACCUGCUGAAGAACGACAAUUGAUGAGGGAAGGAUGACAGAACAGAACUCACAAAAGAAUAGCAUGGAAUGAACAGAUCAAGAUUCCUAGAGCAUCUUUUCACCAGUAUAGUGGGCAGCCAUGGAGACGACUCUCCCUCCAGCGGGGACCAGCGUUGGUGAUGAGAAGACCCACCUCCGCCGCGGCUCAAAGGAGACUCCCCAUUAUGGAACCAUCGCCAACGGAGGACAAGUGGACAACUCAACAGAGACAAAGGUCAUCUCACCAAUGCGCUCCUACAUAGCAGUGGCCGUGCUGUGCUACGUCAAUCUCCUCAACUAUAUGGACCGCUACACAAUCGCAGGUGUGCUUCUAAAUAUCCAGAAAUACUUCCAGAUCAAUGACAGCACGGCUGGUCUACUGCAAACAGUUUUUAUUUGCAGUUUCAUGCUGCUGGCUCCUGUCUUUGGUUACCUUGGCGACCGCUACAACAGGAAAUUCAUCAUGGUGGCUGGCCUGGCGGUGUGGAUAGUCACCACACUUGGCAGCUCUUUCAUCACAGAGUCGUAUUUCUGGGUGCUGGUGCUGAUGAGGGCGUUUGUUGGUACUGGGGAGGCCAGUUACUGCACCAUCGCCCCCACCAUCAUCGGGGACCUCUUCACAGGCUCCAAAAGGACCCUCAUGAUCUCCUUCUUCUACAUCUUCAUUCCUGUCGGAAGUGGUCUUGGAUACAUUGUAGGAUCCGCAAUUGCCAGUGCCACUGGAGAUUGGCGCUGGGCUCUCAGGAUUAAUCCCAUCUUUGGAGCAUUGGGGCUGGUGCUUUUACUCAUCUUCACCCCAAAUCCGCCCAGAGGUGCCGCAGACAACAAUCACGGGGAGGUGCAGCUGGGCCACACAAGCUACCUGGAGGACAUCAAGUACCUCCUGAGGAACCGGAGCUUUGUGUGGUCUUCGCUUGGUGUGACCGCCAUGGCGUUUGUAACGGGAGCACUGGCCUUCUGGACUCCCACCUUCCUGGCCCGGGCACAGGUGACCAUGGGCCUCAGACCUCCGUGUGUGCAGGAACCAUGCAACACCUCCGACAGCCUCAUAUUUGGAGCUGUUACCGUGGUCACAGGGAUUGUGGGUGUUUUCCUGGGCUCCAUGAUGUCUCGCCGGUUUCGAGACCGGGUUCCCAACGCUGACCCCCUCAUCUGUGCUGUGGGCAUGCUCACCUCCGCCCCCUGCCUCUUCAUCGCCAUCAUCCUGGCCUCCACCAGCAUCCCUGUCACAUACGUGUUCAUUGGGGUUGGUGAGACUCUUCUCUCUCUAAACUGGGCCAUUUUGGCUGACAUCCUACUGUACGUUGUUGUACCAACACGGAGGGCUACAGCAGAGGCUUUGCAGAUAAUGGUGUGUCAUUUACUGGGGGAUGCAGGAAGCCCUUAUCUGCUGGGCGCGAUGUCUGACGCUCUGAGCAAGUACAACCCGGACUCCCUGUCCUGGAGGUUCCGCAGUCUGGAGUACAGCAUGCUGGUCUGCCCCUUCGUAGGGGUCCUCGGGGGCCUCUUCUUCCUCAUAACCGCUGUCUACAUCACCGAGGACAGGAAGGCCGCACAGAUGCUGACCACAGGUGAGGCUUCCACUCAGAGUCUUCCCAUGGCGGUGGAAAACCAAGAAGUAAUAGCAUGAUGGAGCAUGGGAGUUAUGGCCUACUGUUAAACAAACUCCCUUUCUGACCCCCCUCCCUGACUGACACUGUGACACUUUUCUUUUGCUCUGAAGGUACUAACGGUCUAAGCCCCAUUUUCCUGCUAUUACUGUUUGUUGUUCGAGAAUAAGAUUGGUGUUAAAAAGUCAAGAUAAAGUCAAGACAUCACAAUAUCAACAUCUUGUUUCAUGUUGUACAUAUCUACUGUAGCUAGGCAAUCGGAGGCCAAUGUAGCCUGUUUCUGGUGCCAAGUCACGAGGUUUUUAAAAAAAAUAAUUGUUAAGUAUUUAAUUAGGGUCUCCUCCAUAUGUCUCCCACCUGAACUAGGCCAUGCACAACAUCUUACCCUUUCAAAAACACGCCACAUUCCGCUUAGUGAAGCUGUUUGAGGCCUCGGCCACAGCUGCUCUCUGUUAAUGAGAGCAGCAGGGGGAUGGAACCUACCUGAAGCAAGCUGCGUCUCCAGCCACCGUCUUGGCCUCCAGCCAUGACCAAAAAAAUAUGCCCAUUAUGGGUUUUUUUCUAUUUUUAAAUUAUGUGCCUAUGCGAUUUUUUAUGUUUUGAAAUGUACUUUUUUAAUCGUUUUUUUUACUGUUUUUAAUUAAAAUUCAA